UCCAUUUCAGUCAUUCUCUGGAACAACAACAAAAAACCUUCGCAACUUCUCCUUCUCCGGCGAUGGCGACCAUCGGAAACAACCACCUCAACGCCAAGCUCGUGCUUCUUGGUGACAUGGGAACCGGCAAGUCUAGUCUCGUCCUUCGCUUCGUCAAGGGCCAAUUCCUUGAAUUCCAGGAGUCGACAAUCAGGGCGGCUUUCUUCUCGCAGACGCUCGCCGUGAGUGAUGCCACAGUGAAGCUUGAGAUCUGGGACACCGCCGGGCAGGAACGAUACCAUAGUCUCGCUCCCAUGUAUUAUCGCGGUGCCGCCGCCGCCAUCAUUGUCUACGAUAUCACCAGCACUGAAUCGUUUGAGCGAGCGAAAAAAUGGGUCUUGGAGCUCCAGAAGCAAGGCAAUCCAAACAUGGUGACGGCUUUAGCUGGAAAUAAGGUGGAUUUGCAAGAUAAAAGAAAGGUCACAACUGAGGAAGCACGCUCAUAUGCUGAUGAGAAUGGUCUUUUUUUCAUGGAAACAUCUGCCAAGACUACUGUCAAUGUGAAUGACAUUUUUGUUGAAAUAGCAAGAAGGUUACCGCGUGCCCAACCAGCUCAGAACCCCUCUGGGAUGGUCCUUGCCAAUAGACCUGCAGAGCAAGUGCAGACUUCUGCAUGCUGUUCUUAGGUUGUUGGCCUUCAAAUGCUUGCUUACUCUCCUACUUCCAUGUGAUGCAAGUGAAAGAAUAUGAAACCAUUGAAUGGGAGCUUGCUUUCAGGUUGGCAAAUUGGUUUGCAUUUGGAAAUAUCACUUGUGUUCAAGUUGUCCAUCUUUGUUGAUCCUGUAAAUGUUCAAAUGUUAUGCUGUGAAAUAUAAAUAUAAUUACUGUCCAUGAAAGCUGUCAGAAUUUCUCUUGUUUAUUUGUUUAAAUUUAUGUAUUAAUCAGAGAGAUUUAUGUAAUUUCAGUGUUUGAA